UGUCUGGCUCCCAAUCAACCAACAAGUUUUCUCUAGAGGAGUAGGAGGUAGGAAGAAGAAAGGGGGGACUAGUCCCGCUGAUUAGUCUGCUGUUUCUAGCUCCAUUCUAUAGUAAUGGCCAAGUCUGUUGUUGCUAAUCCUCCUUUCCUUCGUCCUCUGCAUCAACUAGAAUUUCUGAGAUGCCCUCGCCUUUCUUCUAAAUCUCAGUUUCACCCUCGCCGCUUCCGCUCUCAACCCCAAAGCAUCAUUCGUGCUAUAUCCGCAGUUGCCGCAGAAUCGGAGUUAGGUACACAGCAGGAUCAAGCAAUUGAAGCAGACAUCUUCGCUUGCCCUGUAUGUUAUGAACCAUUGAUAAGAAAAGGUCCUUCUGGCCUUAACUUACCAGCAAUCUACAGGUCUGGUUUCAUGUGUAAGAGAUGUAAGAAGUCAUAUUCUAGCAAAGACAGGUAUCUGGAUCUAACUGUAACUGCUGGAUUGAGAGACUACACUGAAAUUCAACCUGCUCGGACUGAGCUUUUCAGGAGUCCCCUGGUUUCAUUCUUAUAUGAAAGAGGUUGGCGUCAGAAUUUCAGGCAAAGUGGCUUUCCUGGUCCCGAUGAAGAGUUCAAAAUGGCUCAAGAGUACUUUGAAUCUGCUAAAGGUGGACUAAUUGUUGAUGUUAGCUGUGGUAGUGGUUUAUUUUCCCGGAAAUUCGCCAAAUCUGGAGCAUAUUCUGGAGUCAUAGCACUAGAUUUUUCUGAGAAUAUGCUUCGGCAAUGUUAUGAAUUCAUUAAGAAAGAUGACACACUUUCAACCACUAAUAUUGCUCUUGUAAGGGCAGAUGUUUCUAGACUUCCGUUCCCAUCAGGUUCAGUUGAUGCUGUUCAUGCUGGUGCAGCUUUGCAUUGCUGGCCGUCUCCCUCCAAUGCUGUAGCUGAAAUCACCCGGGUACUAAAAAGUGGUGGAGUAUUUGUUGGAAGCACUUUUCUGCGUUAUAGUUCAUUAACUCCCUGGUUUUUACGCCCUUUCAGAGAGAGGAUUCCACAAGGUUAUGGCUAUCUAACAGAGGAAGAGAUCAAAGACCUUUGCACCUCAUGUGGUCUUACCAAUUACUCAAGCAAAAUUCAGCAGGCUUUUAUUAUGUUCACAGCUCAGAAGCCGUAAAAUUGGGUCUGAUCUAUUUAUAACAUUCAUUCUCCCCUGCAUUUUAUCAAUUCCUUCUGUAUGUAUGUAUAAUGUAUUGUAUCACUUGUUUCAUCUGUAAAGAAAUUGUAAAUAAAUGAGAAAUGGAAAGGUCAAAACCUGAGUCUGGUGUAAAGGUUCACAGGUUGUAAAAAUAUAUCCAAAUUCUGACAACUUUCGUAAAGAACACAUAUUCUGUUUAAGUGCCAAAAGAGAAAUAAUUUGGAUUGUGCCGGGUCAUGUUAAGGAUGUGGGGAGAGUUCAUGACAUGUAGCCUGUUGUGACUUGUGUGUCUAAAGUGCUAUCUUGAAAUUGGAAA